AUGGUUCUCAUCAAGAGCUUCGUGCUCGCCGGUCUCGCGGCUGCCGUCACCGCCAAGUCCGCUGUUCUCGACCUUAUUCCGAGCAACUUCGACAAGGUAGUAUUGAAGUCUGGCAAGCCGACACUUGUUGAGUUCUUUGCUCCGUGGUGCGGGCACUGCAAGAACCUCGCUCCGGUCUACGAGGAGCUCGCCCUUGCCUUCGAACACGCCAAGGACAAGGUGCAGAUCGCCAAAGUCGACGCUGAUGCCGAGCGGGAUCUGGGCAAGCGCUUUGGGGUACAGGGCUUCCCGACAUUAAAGUUCUUUGAUGGCAAGAGCGACAAGCCGACGGAGUACAAUGGCGGGCGAGACUUGGAGAGCUUGUCCAACUUCAUUACGGAGAAGACGGGUGUGCGGGCAAGGAAGAAGAUGGAGAAGCCUAGCAACGUCGUCAUGCUCACAGACGCGACGUUCGAGAAGCAGAUUGGCGGCGACAAGCACGUCCUGGUGGCCUUUACAGCCCCAUGGUGCGGACACUGCAAGAAUCUCGCACCCACCUGGGAGACUCUCGCCGAGAACUUUGCUAGCGAGCCCAACGUCGUGAUCGCCAAGGUUGACGCUGAUGCCGAGACCGGCAAGAAGACUGCGGCCAAGUACGGUGUGAGCGGAUACCCGACUAUCAAGUUCUUCCCGGCAGGCAGCACUACACCCGAGGACUACAGCGGCGGGCGGACAGAGGAGGCGUUCGUCACCUUCCUGAACGAGAAGGCGGGUACCCACCGCGCUGUCGGUGGCGGUGUCGACGCGACGGCCGGCACUGUUGAGGCGCUCGACAGCAUCGUAGCUAAGCUUGUUGGUGGCACCGCGCUGAGCGAGGCAGCGGCCGAAGCGAAGAAGACCGCUGAGAGCCUGAAGGACAAGGCUCAGGCCAAGUACGCCGAGUACUACCUCCGUGUGUUUGACAAACUGAGCAAGAGCGAGGAGUAUGCGGCCAAGGAGCUCGCGCGCCUCGAGGGUAUCAUCAAGAAGGGUGGGUUGGCGCCGAAUAAGCUGGAUGAGCUCGUGAGCAAGACCAACGUCCUCCGCAAAUUCGUCGAGAAGGCGACUGGCGGUGAGAAGGAGCACGAUAAGGAAGAGCUCUAA